GCUUUCGGGUGCAGAGCCCUCCGCGGUCGCGGCCGCUCGGAGGGAGCUCUCCCGGAGCCGGAGGCGUGAGUGUGGCUGCCGGGGCUGGGCUGCGGGAGCUCGGUCGCGCCUGGUGUUGAAAGAAAAAGGCCAAACACCAUUUGGGAGCACUGAAGUAACUGAACUCGGCUGAACUGAACCGGAAUUCAUCAGGCCCUGACUGAAGUACUUGAAGUAACCUCUCUCCCAAUCCACCCACCCACCCUGUCUGCAGAGACCCCGGGGGUCAUCGCGCACCUCAGCUGGAGCACGGACAGCAAUUUUCUCCCAUAAUCCCAUGACGUAGCUUUCGACCCAGCAACACUACAGACGUUAAACUCUACAAAGCUUGUCCUACCGAAUCCUGUGGAACCCCGGGCCACCGCUGCCAUGACGACUGCCAUCCUGGAACGCCUGAGCACCCUGUCUGUGAGCGGGCAGCAGCUGCGCCGUCUGCCCAAGAUUCUGGAAGAAGGGCUUCCCAAGAUGCCGUGCACUGUCCCAGAAACCGACGUGCCCCAACUCUUCAGGGAGCCUUACAUCCAUGCGGGCUACCGCCCUACGGGGCACGAAUGGCGUUACUACUUCUUCAGCCUUUUUCAGAAGCACAACGAGGUGGUCAACGUCUGGACCCACUUGCUGGCGGCCCUAGCGGUCCUGUUGCGAUUCUGGGCCUUUGUGGAGGCUGGGGCAUUGCAGUGGGCCUCUCCUCACACCCUACCCCUGCUCCUCUUUAUCCUGUCCUCCAUCACUUACCUCACCUGCAGCCUCUUGGCCCACCUGCUGCAGUCCAAGUCAGAGCUGUCUCACUACACCUUUUACUUUGUGGACUACGUCGGGGUCAGCGUCUAUCAGUAUGGCAGCGCAUUGGCUCACUUUUUCUACAGCUCGGACCAGGCGUGGUACGAGCGGUUCUGGCUUUUCUUCCUGCCGGCAGCUGCUUUCUGUGGCUGGCUCUCCUGUGCUGGCUGUUGCUACGCCAAGUAUCGCUACCGACGGCCUUAUCCAGUGAUGCGGAAGAUCUGUCAAGUGGUACCAGCCGGGCUGGCCUUCAUUCUGGACAUCAGCCCUGUGGCUCACCGGGUGGCUCUCUGUCACCUGGCUGGUUGCCAGGAACAGGCAGCCUGGUAUCACACCCUCCAGAUCGUCUUCUUCCUGGUUAGCGCCUACUUCUUCUCCUGCCCGGUACCCGAGAAGUACUUCCCAGGUUCCUGUGACAUUGUGGGCCACGGACAUCAAAUCUUCCACGCCUUCCUUUCCAUCUGCACGCUCUCCCAGCUGGAAGCCAUUCUUCUAGACUACCAGGGAAGGCAUGAGAUCUUCCUCCAGCGCCACGGUCCCCUGUCCGUCUACACGGCCUGCCUCUCCUUUUUCUUCUUAGCUGCCUGCAGUGCCGCCACCGCCUCCCUCCUGAGGCACAAAGUCAAGGCCAGACUGGUUAAGAAAGAUUCCUGAGGUCUGCAAGAGCAGAAAGAUGUAGGGAUGUCCUACUGUGAUUUGGAGAAAAACUUGACACAAAUAAUAGAAAUGGAUUUUUCGUUUUUAAGGCUUGAUUUUUAAAUUAAUAUGUAUUACAGGCUGGGGAUGAAACUCGGUUGGUAGAGAAUGCUUACAUAGCAUGAAGGAAGCCCAGGGUUUGAUCCCUAGUACCCCACAAACCAGGAACAGCACUCAAGGAGGCAGAGGCAGGAGGAUUGGAAGUUCUAGGUCAUCCUUGGAUGUAUAGCGAGUCCAAGGCUAGCCUUUGAUACAUGAUACCUAUCUCAAAAAAAAAAAGAUCACUGCAUAUUUUCAAGGGCAUGGUAUACAAAAUUUCAAAUUCAAGGCAUUUGAGAGUUUUAAAAAGAAAUAUCCAUCUUCUGGGUUAUAGCCUUGCAUGGGGAGGGAUCCUGGCUGAGAUUCAUGAGAUGCCAAACUAAAGAAAAGCAUCCUUAACCACAAACACUUAGCAGAAUUCUGGGUGUGGCUCCCAAAGCUGAGUCCUGAACUGGACAGAUAAUCUAAUUGAUCUGCCACACACACCCUAACAGAACAGACACCCUAUGCUGCUGGCCUUGGUAAAUUGACCAAUGGACUUUGUCUGAUUAGGAGUUCAGAUCGUCUAGGGUGGAAAAGUCAUAAUUUUCAAGAAGACUCACUGAAACCCUUAGACAGAAUGGACUAUCCAAUUUCCCUGAUUUCUGAUCUCAUACAGCACUGGUCCCUUUCUCAGGAUAACCAACUAGCUGGCUGAUUGUUCCCACCCCGAGUCUGCAUGGUGACAUAAAGAAUUCCAAAGCUAUUACACUUCCGGGAAAUGCUGGAGCCAUGUGAACGUUCAGGAAGCUGAUUUUCAUGUAAUACGUAAACGUCAGAAAACGCAACAGUGCCAAGAGCUACCGGGAGACCCAGCCAGCAAACAUGGAUACCCUUGUCUGUCUGUUGCCAGUGGGGACCUUUUUGUUUCUCUGUGUGGACUGCAGUAUUAGCUGCAAGCUAUUUAGGGUUGUCUUGCAGGUCAGGAACUUACUUAUCUGAAGCUUCGAACAGACUCUUUUAAAAGCUUAGUUCUAAACUUGCUCAAGGGGUCUGAUUAUUUCAAGAGGAAGCUAAGACCCUGGUUCAGAUUUCUGUUAGAUGCUGUCCUAUGAAGGACCAAGACAGCCACCCCAAUCUGGGGUCCUCGAACAGGGAGUUCUGCCUCAGAUUUGAGGAGAAACCUUAAAACAGGUCCUAGGACAGGUAAUAUGUGCUCACUGUGGUUGGCCCCUGAAGGUCCUUUGUGUAAGAAUGAGGCACCUGAUGGCCCUAGGAACUGUGGGUCACAUGGCUGGGAGCAGCCACUGUGAGACGGGAGGUGCUUGCGGCGCAUUUGCUCUGGCCAUACUGGUCUCUCUGAGGACUGACUUCCGUGUUAACCCAGUGAAGGAGGCCGUGGUCCAGGAAGAGCCGUGAUGCCCUCCGCUCCCAGGCUGUGCUUCCUAUCAGUAUAAGGUCCCUCUGUACUAAAAAGAGAAGUGAUCUGUUUCAAUUCCAGUUUUAUGAACUUUCUCCUCCAAGAAGUUACUUGCUUGUCUUUAAACCUUCGGUUCUGUUUGUCUGUGUGUUGGUUCAUCUUUCUGUGAGAGGUUUGUGAGUUUUGUGCCUUAUACAUGGGGAUGUCUAGACAUUUUAUUUAAUAUAUGCUCCAUGGAAUUUCAUGUUUUGGUUUAUUGAGACAAGAAAAAAAAAGAAGAACCCCAGAAAGCUACAGUGAUUUGUCAAACAACUAUUAUCUAUAUGGGAGGGGGGCAGGGCCAACUGGAACUUCCCUACUGCCUUUAAAGCAGGAAAGCUCGUGUCUACUGCACUGUUUUACUAGAUAGGUUUCUUCAUGGUCAAGAAUCUGAACUUCCACGCUAGUCGAGUGUCUAUACAAGCUUGUCUAGGCCCAAGUUCAUGGCAAGGAAGGUUAGCAAAAUUGAAUCAGUUUGAACUGAACAAAGAUGGCUGGAGAUCGGCGGGGGGGUGGGGGUGGAGGUCAUGGAAAUGCUACAAGUAGAGGGUCUGUCUAAAACGGGAACCAGAAACCGUUGGGAGUCCUCGUUGUUAUGGAUUCAAAGACUUGGUAUUCUUUUAAAAGUGAGAAACGUGAGAGAGGGAAGGGAUGGGGAGGUGCUCUUGACUGUAACUGUGGAGGUGUUUAGUAACAGAGAUUUUUGUUCUUUUCUUCUUUUUUUUUUCUUUUUCUUUUUUGAGAUAAGAUCUCACUCUAGAGCUCUGGCUGGCCUAGAAGUCCUGCAGACCAGACUGGCCUUGAACUCUGGAAAUAAACCUGUCUCUCAAGUGGCAAGGUCAAAGGUGUGCACCACCACUCCCAGCCUUGUGAACAGAGAUCCUAGUGCUCUUCCGUGCACCUGCAGGCCAGUGCUGAGCUGAACUCUGUCACUGGUGGGUUCAUGAUGACACCAUACAUGUAAACAAUGAAAUAGUGACACUCAAUUUUUAGUUUAAUUACACAAACAUUGCUAACUAGUGGUUUGGAAGUUGGUAAGAAAAAAAAGCAAUUUCUGCGGAAUUGGGACUUGAACCCAAGACCUCCGACUUGCUAACCAAGAGGUCUUCCAUUGACCUACAUCCCCAGGCCAGGGAACGGUGUAUGUAUAAUAGAUAUUUGGGAGGCAUUGAGAUGGGGGGCUGUGAUCUUCCCCCAAAACAUCAGUAUCUAGUUAGAAUAGUAUAAAUAUGGGUGGGUUUUAGGUCUUCAUGCUCCCUUUCCAACAGCCGAUAAAAUAAGUCUUUCAGUAUGGAAAAGACCUGGUUAGUUUCAAUGUAACAACUAAGAAUUCUACAAAGGAGUAUGGCUGCCUAUUGAUUUGCAGUGGGAUUUCUGCCCCCCAAAUCAGCAUAAUGUGAAAGGAAAAACAGUGAAAGGGAGAAAUUCUGGUUGUCGUCACUUCUCUUUUAAUUAAGAUUUGCAACCCAUUAACAUGUAGAUGUCUCUGAUAAGAUUAAACUGUCAGUCAUUUACAUUCUCUUAUGAAUAAAAUUUCUAUGGAUUUAUAUAAGGCCCUACUUAGUUCAAGAAGAGGGGCCAACAGGAUGCAUUUGGGAAAGUACCUGUUUCUCAUUUCAGAAUCCUGGCUUUUAUUUGCUGGUGAAGGUUGUCUCUGUUGUUGUUUCUGGUUUGGGGUGUUUUGUUUUGUGUUGUGUUUGAGUAAGGUAUCACUGUGUUUCCCAAACUGGCCUGGAAUUCCUGAUUCUCCCAUCUCAGUCAGCCAAGGAGCUAGGAAUACAGGCUGCGCCCACAUCACACUCAAUUUUAAUGAACUAAUUUUAAAGUUCUUAAAGGUGUUAGGGUUACGAUUUCAAUUUUUAAGUCGCCAUCGACUGGAAGCUUGAAACAGUUCCGAGCCAGGACGCAAGGGCAGUUUAUCCUGUUUCUGUUGCCCUGUUUGUCGCUGCUUACUGCUCUGUAGUUCCAUCUGUGUCCUCCAGAUGGCAGUGUCGUCUCACUCGAUGCUUUCUCAGUUCUUGUUACCAAGGCUUUGCCUCCUGUACUACUGUGUUUUGCUUGAUUGCCUGGUAAAGAAAAUGUGGGAUUAUUUUCCGUCUCUAUAAAUCUACUUACAUGAAUAAUCAUUAAACAAUUUUUGUAUGUGGAUUUUUGUCGUGUUAACGAUAUAAAGAAAGCUACCUUCCUUGAUCCCUUGACAAGGGCUACCUGGACCUAAAACUCAUUCAAAAGCUGGGUUUACUGGGUUGCCAGGCGGAGGAAGUGGGGACAUUAUCCAUCUAAAAUAAGUCUGCUGCUAACCUGUCUACGUUUGGGCUGAGCAAACUACCGCUUGAAGAGCCAUGGAAUUGAUUUCUAUGAGGAUUUCAAUAUAAUUACAUAAACAUUCCUGGCUACAAUUGUAUUAAAGAUUUUAACAUUCUGAACUGGUGGCCUACAGUUUUUGAAAUUAAAAAAAAAAUAUUAUGAAUUACACAAAGCAAUGUAGGAUUUCUAGGAA